AUGGGAUGGCUUCGCCUCACCACCAUGAACACGCCACCCUAUCACAGCAGGGUGACAGCAGUGAGUCAUGUUUGUCCAAAAAGGUCAUUUAGGCUCCCAAUGAUGCAAGCCGGUUCAUAAGCACAACGGCUGAUUCAUACCAGACAGCUGAUGCAACCAUUCUACAUUUGGCCUAAUUUAGAGAGGAAGCUUCUACUUCAAUUAGGCUAAUGUGAAUAUAAAGUUGCUUAUGUUAAUGGGGAAUGGUUGUCAUAGCCGAGUCAUUGGUUAUGAGGAUGGUUGCUCUAUGGGUCAGGUGAGGGGAGGCUGGGGCAUUGUACAGGAAGGGUUCAAGGGUCAGGCUGGUUUUGGACGAGCGAGGGGUUUGGGGUACUAGCAGCCAGACUGCAGGGGAAGGAAGCAAUGUGCUGAGCUCUCGCUGUUUUACCACUUUCCUGCAGUCUGAAUCAGCUGGAUAGACAGACUAGCCUACUAGGGAGGAAGAGAAGCAGAGAAAGGGGUAAAAUGAUUGUCAUAGACUGCGGCUUUCCAUACUUCGUUUCUGCACGUUGUUAUUGGGCGCAUCUUUUAAAUUAAGCUAAACACCAUUUAGGAGGAAGGAAGGAAAUGUGAUACAUUUAAUUUUAGUAUGACAUGCAUAAUCUACAGUUAAGUGUUCCCACUGGCCACAGACGUCAGUUCAACGUCUAGUUUUGAUUUACAUUUGGCUGAGUUGUCAACUAACGUUAAUAAAAAUUAAAAAAUCACCAUUGGAUUUAGGUUAAAAGUUGACCAAAAAAAGACUAAAUGCCCAUACGUUGACUUUUUGCAAAUCCAAUCUGUUUUCCACGUUGAUUCAAUGUCAUCACGUAGAUUUGGUUGGGUUGAAAUGGAAACAACGUUGAUUCAGCCAGUUUUUGCCCAGUGGGUUGAGUUUGUAGACCUAGGCUAUUUUCCUAUUUGUUCUAUCCUGGAUUCAGCUUAGUGCCGUCUUCAGCGAUUAGUCUGCUUUAAAGUCAAGUGAAACAAACACUUGCGAUGCACUAGGCCACCCUUUUAAUUUAGGAACACCUCUUCUAAAUUUAGCACAGGGACGUGGCGCAGUGGUGUAAGGCACUGCAUCGCAGUACUAGCUGUGCCACUAGAGAUCCUGGUUCGAAUCCAGGCUCUGUCGUAGCCGGCCGCGACCGGGAGACCCAUGGGGCGGCGCACAAUUAGCCAGCGUCGUCCAGGGUAGGGGAGGAAAUGGCCGGCAACGCCAGGGUUGUGGGUUCGAUUCCCACGGGGGGCCAGUAUGAAAAUGUAUGCACUCACUAACUGUAAGUCGCUCUGGAUAAGAGCGUCUGCUAAAUGACUAAAAUGUAAAAAUUGUAGAAUCCUGAUUCCCUAUCCUCGUUUAGAGGUGGAAAAUGGCACAAGUGAAAUCCUCCCCGUGUGCAGCGCAGCAGCUUUGGCUGAGGUCUGAGGGGAAACUGCAGCACUGGUUGAGGUUUUUGUGGAGGUGGUUGGCACGGUUUGUGCAUAGAAGGGAGAACUGUAAUUGUGGAUGUUUUUUGUCAGCUGUGGGUGCGUAAAUGUGGGUGGAUAAGACCGGGGAAGGGGAGCAGAAGCGGGCAAAGAGCGAAAGUAUUGGGGGAAGGAUAGGUACAGUGCUAGGCUAAAUAAUAUGCAGCAUGAGUCUGCAUGCUCGAAUACCAAGUGUGGUUUUGACAAUCCAUUUAAAAACGAUUAUAUGUGCUAAGGGGCUUUUCCAUCUAGAAGGACCCAUGAGCACCAACAUGUAAAUGAAAGCUAAGAGUCAUUUUUCAACCAUCUUCCAUCCAAAAAAAAUGGAAUAAGCAAAGGCUUUGAUUUAUGGUCAAACCGAUGGAGAAGGGGUCUUAAGACAACAUCUACCAGAAAAAGUCUUAAAAGGUAUUAGAAAUACAUCAAAACACAAUAAUGUUGAAGACCCCUGCCAACUAAUAUCAACACUUAUAUUUCGUUUUAGAGAAAUUAUUUGCCUUCUGUAAGUUUAAGAAACAUUGCCUUGUAAUUCCGUCACCAAAAACCCACAUAUCUUGAUAAGUUAUUUUCUAAUUUCUCUCCCUCAUGAGGGAGUAUAAUGAAAGUUCACAGAAGUAACAAGUAAAGGUAAACAUUCCAAUUAGCUAGUGUAUUUACUGAUACUGUUUGUUUAUGGAUAGUUAAGUGAUUAAAACUCAUAAUUCUGUUACCAAAUCGGUAGUGGAAUUACUGCAAUUGAAUUGGCUACAAUGGGAAAUCAUAGUAGUCACAAACCACAGUUGGGUCACCUGCUACUGUCCUCCCUUCCACUGGCAUACUGAUAUGUUCAGCUCAACUGUUUUCUUUCUGUCGUCUGUUGGUCAAAGCAAGACUGUGAAAACAUUCUGGACAACCCCUCUCUCUCUGCCACUCUCUCACUUCUCUCUUUCUCUCCAGUUAAUGUCACCUCUCCUGGUUCUUAGUGACACCUACCAUAACACCUACCCUCUUUCUGUUUACUGUAUCAAGCGUCCUCGCCCACUGAGCACUGACCGACACCGGAUGUCCAUGGAUGUUGAAAAGUAGUUGAAAUUUGUUCAGUCCGCCUGGCCGGACCAAAUCUCAACCAAUCAUAGACAUCUAUGUUUCACAAGUUUGGACAGCAGAGAACGGUACAAUACAGAACAGGAAAUAAAAGUAGAUUACACUACUGUACAGUAGAGUUAAGUACAUUAGAGCACACUGUACUGUGAUGUCCAAACUUGUGAAACAUAGACGUCUAUGAUUGGUUCAGAUUUGGUCUGGUCCGGACCAACCAUAUAUUGUCUUGUUUGGGGGCGGAGCUCAUUAGAAUAAUAUCCGGUGUGUAGAAUAAUACCCAAAUAUAUGCAAAAUAAGGGUAUUGCCUGUUUCUACCUUUGUACCUAUUCAGGAUACAUCACCAUGAAGAGCAUGAUAAUCAUAUCCAUAAUUAUGCAUUUCUGUAUAGUACAGAUCAGGGACCCGUGACGUCAUUCCGUUACCGUAAUUAUGUAAAACUCAAGGUGUCAGUCAUGUCAUAGCUGACACCCCAUUCUUUCUGGGAAAUGUGGUCGCAUAAAAAGCUGAGGGGGAUUUUACCGUAAUUCUGUUACCCAACUUUGCAUCAGCACAGUUCUUCCAGCAAAUGUGUUUUUGUGAAAUUUUCUGUGAAAUUAGUAGACCUUGUAGGUAGUGUUGUAUGGUUUGUUCAACUUUGAAAUCUAUGGAUUUUGUUUGGCAUAUAUUUUAAUGUGAAAAACCUUUGUCUCUGCGUAAAUCCAUUACCGUGGAAUUGCCCCUAACAAAACAGAAUACAUACUACUAGUUGAUAGACCCAUCUUAACCACUUGCUUUCCCCUAAACAGUAAGGAUGGAUCACAGUUAUUCCCCCUAGAUACAAGUGGCACAGUAGCUGUCUUUUCCACCCAAUUCUGAGGCUCUGGCAGUAAAUUCCUGAUAACCAGGCAUUGUGUGUGUGUGUGUGUAGUUAUCACUGCUCAGUCAGUGAGGCCGCGCCCAAUUGGAGUGGUUGGGAUGACACCAUUCAGUCAGGCCACCCAGGCUGCGCGUUAGGCACUUUCCUACACACACACACCCUCAUUUCAACUGACUCCCUUUCAUUGUAUUUCGAGGUGAGCCCCACUGCAGUCAAUCCAGAAAUGCGACACUCAUUUGAUUUAAAUUAUUGCGCAAUACAGGCAAUUUUGCCAAGUCCGUGUCCAAAUUCAAAAUCGGAACAAAGUUGUCUCAAUCCAGUCUCUGCGUUCCUUCUCAGUCUAACUUCUCGAUUUAUCUCCAGAGCUCGGGUAACUAGUCUGUCUGCCGUCUUGCGUAUAGCCCAAGUUGAAAUGCAUAUAUGCCUACAUAAGAUGUUGCUUUUUUUUGUUCCCUUCGCUGUGUCCCAGAAUAAUGUGGUCAUUUAUUAUUCAUGUUUUUACGGAGCACCACCUGGAUACAAAACACAUCCAGAAAAGAGGAGAGAGCGAGCGACUGGGAUUUAGCAGACACAGAAUGGUGGGGUUCUAUGCGGGUCUGAUGGCUGUUGGUUGCAGCAUGGUACUGGCAACAUCGGGGUUGUGGGUUCGAUUCCUGCAUGGAUCACAGUAGUGUGUUAGGCUAACAUUGGAUAAAAGCUGCUAAAUCACCACCUGGGAUCAGUCAAGCCUUCCACACCUCAACUAUGCCUUUUCUACCAAAUGUACAAACAAUUGUUGACUUCAUGUACACUGAACUAAAAUAUAAAUGCAACAUGUAAAGUAUUGGUCCCAUGUUUCAUGUGGUGAAUAGAAAAUCCCAGACAUGUUCCAUACGCACAAAAAGCUAAUUUCUCUAAAAUUUUGUGCGCAAAUGUGUUUAUAUCCAUAUCGGUGAGCAUUUCUCCCCCUUGUGCUGGGGACAAUAAAAGGCCACUAACAUGUGCUGUUUUGUUACACAACACAAUGCCGCAGAUGUUUGAGGGAGCGUGCAAUUGGCAUGCUGACUGCAGGAUUGUCCACCAGAGCUGUUGCCAGAGAAUUUAAUGUUCAUUUCUCUACCAUAAGCUGCCUCCAACGUCGUUUUUAGAGAAUUUGGCACUAUGUCCAACUGGCCUCACAACCGGACUGUGUAACCACUCCAGCCCAGGACCUCCACAUCAGGCUUCUUCACCUGCGGGAUCGUCUGAGGGGGGGUGGGGGGGUGCUGAGAAGUAUUUAUGUAUUUAAUAAAGCCCUGUCUGGGCCUGGCUCCCCAGUGGGUGGGCUUGGCUGCCAAGUGGGUGGGCCUAUGCCCUCCCAGGCCCACCCAUGGCUGCACCCCUGCCCAGUCUUGUGAAAUCCAUAGAUUAGGGCCUAAUUCAUUUAUUUAUUUCCUUAUAUGAACUGUAACUCAGUAAAAUCUUUUAAAUUGUUGCAUGUUGUGUUUAUAUUUUCGUUCAGUAUAGUAGAAAUGUUCUCAACAGGCAAACCAGUAAGAUACAAGUUAAAGUAAUAAUACAAAACUAAUGAAACUAACUAGUGAAACAUUUCUAAGCACCUCUUUGAGAUUCUAAGUGUCUUCCUCCUUUUCUGUUUGCAUCCAGGACCACACUUUGCGAAUGAGUGAUUGAUGCCAAAUUCGCUCCUUAAGGUAAGAGAUCAACUCCUUGUUCCACUCAUAUCAUUAUAGGGUCGUUCCAUAUGAUUUCACUUUCUGACUGCACCCCUUUUUGGUUUGACAAAACGUUCCAUACAUUGACUCUGUAUCAGUACUCCCUGUAUAUAGCCUCCCUACUGUUAUUUUAUUUUACUGCUGCUCUUUAAUUAUUUGUUAUUUUUUACUUCACUUAUUUUUCUUAAAACUGCAUUGUUGGUUAAGGGUUUGUAAGUAAGCAUUUCACUGUAAGGUCUACACCUGUUGUAUUUGGCGCAUGUGGCAAACACAAUUUGAUUUGAUGUUUGCCCAUGGAAGAAGUAAUCAAAGUGACUUUUUCGACUUGAAUGCCAAAACAUUCAGGAGAUAGACGUGCUCAAACUUGACCCAUUUUGCAUACCCCACCAUACCAUGAGACAUCACUGGAAAAGAUAAAUGGUUGAGAUUUAAUAUAAUUGAAUAGCUUACAAACAGUGUUGUCAAACUAUUUUAUUAUUUCUUGCAUUUAUAUUUUUUUUAUCCAGCAAUUAUCAAAGUUUGACAACCCUGUUUUUUAAACUGAUUGAAUUCUGAUUGAAUUCAAAUGGAUUUACCCUAUAGUCAAUGCAUUUAAGACUCUUAUAUUUUCUUGUACACAAAUGUUAAUCCUAAGAAAACAUGUACCCACAUCUAAAAGUGAUCACCAAGGAUUGGGCCUCCAGUUACAAGUACAACACAUCUGAAUUGAUAAUCCAAUCAUAACCAGUUGCACUGUGAAAGGGUCAUUUUUGGGUUGUCAGUAAGGCAUGUGUCCCCGUUCUCCCAGGGCAGUAUGGGUGUGUGUCCCCUGCUCCUGCUGCUCAGUGUGGCCCUCUGGGUCUCCGUCUCAGCCCAGGGACCACCUCUCAUCCCCACAGGUAAGGAGGACCCACAUGACAUCACCUGAACAGCUGGAUCCUACCGCUGACACCAUUUUGACAUGUGUAUUGUAAAAUACUUGUUUGUAUCACUGCAACUCCAAUGAAGUUGCAGUUGAGGCAUAAAUUACUCAACUCAAACAUCAGGGGUUCUCAAAGUGGGGUCACGGAGGUACGCCAGGGGGUCCGCGGCCAGAUCUCUAAAUAUAACACAAUUAUAUCGAAUAUUUUUUUAUAUAAAUAAAUAUUACUAACAGAUUCAACUAAUUUUGUCCAGGGGAUCUGUGGAAUAAGUUUAGAGUGUGUAAUACAAUGUAAUAUUAUUAAUCUACAAUUUAUGUUCUUAACCCUGGGCAAAAUGGGGAUAUUGGUAUCCACAGUACUCCACCAAUUAUAAUUUUUUCAACAAAAAAUGCAUUGUAAUUUAAACUUUAAAACUGCAAAGUUCUCUCUGCCCCACGACAAAAUGUGUAGAAUUGCAGAAAAUUAACUUGAAAAUGUCAACAUUUUCUCGAAGAGGCAGGCCUUUAAAAUGUUCCUUCCCAGGGCCAGAGACUUGGUUUGUCUGUCCAUGCACUGCCGAAGUCAUAGUGAAACUCCUUGUAUGCUAUUCUUAUCUCACUGAAGUUAUGUUCUGAUUAUGAGGGGGUCCCCGAUGAAUUAGCUAUCCCAAAAGGGGUCCCAGGACCCAAAAAGUUUGAGAAUCCGUGGCCUAGAUAAACUGUAUCUCUCUCGUAGAAGGUCCAGUCCCCACUGCCAAACCCACGGACCCUCCAGCCACCACCCUCCACAAUGUUCCCGUGGCAACAACCACCACCACCCUUCCAACAACCGCAGCCCCCACGGCUGCCGUGACGACCCUGACAACAACCAGCACCGUGGAGCGGGUCAUUAUGACUGCAGGCCCCAGUGCCACCCCUGCGCCCGCCCCCAAUCCACCACCCCCUGGCCCAACCAGGGCAACCGCCGACCCACAACCACCCCCUGCUCCGACCACGGUCAGUCAGGGAGGGGGAGGGGAGAAUGGGACCACACCCUCUGCUCCGGAGACAACGUCCUUGGACAGUCACACAGAUCCCCCGCUUGAGACCGCCACAGAACCGACAGUGGAUGCGGCGUCGGCCGACACGAGUGGUGCCACUACUACAGGUGUGUGUGUCUGUAUCUGUGUUUUAUUGAGUGUUUUUGUGUGUGCUUGUGAGAGUGAAAGGCGAGCAGGUCAGUGCUGUGUGUGUGGGGUGUAGGAUGUUGUUUUUUAUGUUGGAUAGUAAUGGUACUCUUGUUUUUCCCUCCUCAGGUGGAGAAGACGACACAGGUAAGACUGUGUGUGUGUGUGUGUGUGUGGUCUCGAGUUACAACGUCAUGCAGAAUGGUCAUACAGCUAAGAUGAGCACAACAUACAGUGCCUUCAGAAAGUAUUUAUACCCCUUGACUUAUUCCACAUUUUGUUGUUACAGCCUGAAUUCAAAAUGGAUUAAAAAAAUAAUAAUUAUCUCACCCUUCUACACACAAUACUCCAUAAUGACAAAGUGAAAACAUGAUUUUAGAAAUGUUAGCAAAUGUAUGGAAAAUGUAUUACAGAAAUAUCUAAUUUACAUACGUAUUCACACCCCUGAGUCAAUACAUGUUAGAAUCACCUUUGACUUACCCAGUCUUUCUGGGUAAGUCUCUAAGAACUUCGGAUUGUGCAAUAUUUGCACAUUAUUCUUUUUUUAAAUUCUUCAAGCUCUGUUAAGAUGGUUGUUGAACAUUGCUAGACAGCCAUUUUCAAGUCUUGCCAUAGAUUUUCAAGUCUAUUUAAGUCAAAACUGUAACAUUCAAUGUCAUCUUUGUAAGCAACUAUUCCGUUUCUUUUUAUCCUAAAAAAACUCCCUAGUCCUUGCCGAUGACAAGCAUACCCAUAACAUGAUGCAGCCACCACCAUGCUUGAAAAUAUGAAGAGUGGUACUCAGUGAUGUUUUGUGUUGGAUUUGCCCCAAACCUAACGCUUGGUAUUCAGGACAUAAAGUUAAUUUCUUAGCCACAUUUUUUGCAGUAUUACUUUAGCGCCUUAUUGCAAACAGGAUGCAUGUUUUGUAAUAUUUUUAUUCUGUACAGGCUUCCUUUUCACUCUGUCAAUUAGGUUAGUAUUGUGGAGUAACUACAAUGUGGUUGAUCGAUCCUCAGUUUUCCCCUUCUUUGCGAAUUAAUCUGUGUUUGAAGUUCACUGCUCGACUGAGGGAUCUUCAGAUAAUUAUACACUAUAUAUACAAAAGUAUGUGGACACACCUUCAAAUGAGUGGAUUCGGCUAUUUCAGCCACAUCUGUUGCUGACAGGUGUAUAAAAUCGAGCACGCAGCCAUAGACAAACAUUGGCAGUAGAAUGGCCUUUCUGAAGAGCUCAGUGACGUUCAAUGUGGCACCGUCAUAGGUUGCCACCUUUCCAACAAGUCAGUUCGUCAAAUUUCUGCCCUGCUAGAGCUGCCCCGGUCAAUUGUAAGUGCUGUUAUUGUGAAGUGGAAACAUCUAGGAGCAACAACGGCUCAGCCGCGAAGUGGUAGGCCACACAAGCUCACAGAACGGGACCACCGAGCAAUGGCACACAAGCCUAAGAUCACCGUGAGCAAUGCCAAGCGUUGGCUGGAGUGGUGUAAAGCUCUCUGCCAUUGGACUCUGGAGCAGUGGAAACGUGUUCUCUGGAGUGAUGAAUCAUGCUUUACCAUCUGGCAGUCCGAAGGACGAUACUGGGUUUGGCGGAUGGCAGGAGAACGCUACCUGCCCGAAUGCAUAGUGCCAACUGUAAAGUUUGGUGGAGGAGGAAUAAUGGUCUGGGCUGUUUUUCAUGGUUCGGGCUAGGCCCCUUAGUUCCAGUGAAGGGAAAUAUUAACGCUACAGCAUACAAUUACAUUCUAGACGAUUCUGUGCUUCCAACUUUGUGGCAGCAGUUUGGGGAAGGCCCAUUCCUGUUUCAGCAUGACAAUGCCCCCAUGCACAAAGCGAGGUCCAUACAGAAAUGGUUUGUCGAGACUGGUGUGGAAGAACUUGACUGGCCUACACAGAGCCCUGACAUCAACCCCAUCAAACACCUUUGGGAUGAAUUGGAACCCCGACUGCGAGCCAGGCCUAAUCGCCCAACAUCAGUGCCGGACCUCACUAAUGCUCUUGUGGAUGAAUGGAAGCAAGUCCCCGCAGCAAUGUUCCAACAUCUAGUGGAAAGCCUUCCCAGAAGAGUGGAGGCUGUUAUUGUGAAAAUGGGGACCAUUAACUCCAUAUUAAUGCCUAUGUUUGUGGAAUGAGAUGUAAGAUGAGCAGGUGUCCACAUACUUUUGGUAAUGUAGUGUAUGUGGGGUACAGAGAUGAGGUAGUAAGUAAGUAGCCUUGCACAAGCAAAGGCUUGUGUGAGCUGGAACGGGACCAUACAUAUAAUUGUAUGUGAGCUGGAACGGGACCAUACAUAUAAUUGUAUGUGAGCUGGAACGGGACCAUACAUAUAAUUGUAUGUGUGGGGUACAGCGAUGAGGUAGUCAUUCAGAAAUCUGUUAUUGCACACAGACUGAGUCCAUGCAACUUAUUAUGUGACUUGUUAAGCACAUUUUUAGUUCUGAACUUAUUUAGGCUUGCCAUAACAAAGGGGUUGAAUACGUAUCGACUCAAGACAUUUCAACUUUUCAUUUUUAUUCAUUUAUAAAAACAUAAUUCCACUUUGACAUUAUGGGGUAUUGUGUGUAGGCCAGUGACACAAAAUCUAAAUGUAUUCCAUUUUAAAUUCAGGCUGUAACACAACAACAUUUAGAAAAAGUCAAGGGGUUUGACUACUUUCUGAAGGCACCGUAAGUCAUAAGCAGUCGUGGCAGCGACGUGCCAAUAAUUGAACUGGCUUGUCGAACACACGCAGUAUUCAAGCCCUGCAUCAUCUCACAGUAUGAGCCGUUGAAUUGGAAUGGGCCGAAUAGUCCUCCUCCUCUACUCCUCAUCAGUUUCACUUACCUUCCUACCAACGUGGUGCCUCACCAUUCAAUGUGUACAUUGUACCACAGAGAACACUGAACAUUGUUAGCUGAACGUUCCAAACUGCAUUACCAAGAUAGCAUAGUCUCACCAACGUGAAAUCAAAUGUGGCCCUGUUUGGCUCAGUUGGUAAGGGUGGCAUAGUGCACACAAUGCCAGAUUUGAGGGUUCGAUUCCCACUGGGAUCACAAUCGGUCGCUGACGCUUUUAUUCAAAGUCUGCUAAAUGGUAUAUAAUACAUCAUAUUACGUUGCAUGGAUUGAGAAAGACUAUAUAUCGAUAGUUUAUAUUCUAAUCUAGAGUAUAUACAAUAUAUGACUGGUCCUCGUGUAUUUGGUAUUUCUGCUUCUGUAAAGUCUCAUUGUUUGUGUCGUGAUGACUCUUUCUGCUCUAUAACAACGGAUAUAGAGCAGGCCCUCCUGUAGCUCAGUUGGUAGAGCAUGGCGCUUGCAACGCCAGGGUUGUGGGUGCGAUUCCCACGGGGGGCCAGUAUGAAAAAUGUAUGCACUCACUAACUAAGUCGCUCUGGAUAAGAGCGUCUGCUAAAAUGACUAAAAUGUAAAAUAAUGGCGUCUAUUCUGUCAUUAUUAUGAAAAUGUUAUGCAAAACUAAUGACAAAGCUGUCCAAAAAACGGUUACCAAGAUGUCCUUACUUAGGAGCUCCUGUAAUCAGUGUAGAAGUCAGCGAACAGUUUCAUAUAGCCUGUCUAAUGCAUACAGUUAACUAUUAACAGUAUUGAAUAGUAUUGGUUUUCUUUCAAAUACUUAAGCUGAUUUGUGCGCUUGAUCGAGCUUGCCUGGUGCAAUGGAUCCAAUGGUGCCAACCCAAACUGCAUUUGGCACUCGAAACAGGCUCAAUCAAAUGCUAAAUCGAACUUUUACUCAAAAUGUUAGAGUAUGUUGUUAAAUUCUGUCUCUUUCCCCCCCAUUCUCUCAGACCAAGAUACGCAAUCAGAUGACACGCCCAUCAUUGCGGUGAUGGUGGCUCUGUCAUCCCUGCUCGUCAUCGUCUUCAUCAUCAUCAUCCUCUAUAUGCUCAGGUCAGUCAUGUCCCUCUCAGGCAGAAACCACCCACACCACUCAUCUGGGUUGUGUUCAGUAGUGCAUGCCGUAGCAAAACUUUUUGUAACUGAACCAAAAGUCUGUUCUCUUAUUGGAGUUGAGGUAGUACUUGGCCUGUGUGGUUCAGCGGAAACUCGUCCCUGGAUCGUGUUCAUCAGGCACCAAAUAGAAGAAAAUGGACUGAAACUGGGAGGGGCUUCCUGAACUUCCAAUAAACAUUAGUUUUCGUUGCAAAAAGGAUUGCUGCAUUUUGCUAUGGUGUACCAUAAUGAAUACACCCUGGUUUUCUCCCCCACAGUCGCGGCUUCAGCUUCAUGUCUCAGGGAAGCGUUUGUAAACUAAAAAGAAAAGUAUGGUUGCAGGCACGAUUAUCUUUGAAAUAGAGCUAUACAAUAGUCAGAUAUGAGACCCGUGUAAAACGCUAACGAUCUCGUACACCCACACCUACUCACACAAUUCAUUACACAUUGUAAAAGCGCAGAGCAGGAAAUGGUUUGCUUGUGUUCUUUCAUACACAAACACCCUAUAGAGGCCACUGUUGAUGAACCAAGUGUUAUAGUUGUUACCAUGGCAAUGGACAGGGUGUGUGUGACUGUGUGUGGGUGAUAUUCUGGAUUUACAUUGCUUUCAGAAAGUGUUCACACCCCUUGACUUAUUACAGCCUGAAUUUAAAUUGAUUAAAUUGAGAUUUUGUGUCAAUGAUCUACACAAAAUACCCCAUAAUGUCAAAGUUGAAUUAUGUUUUUAGAAAUGUUUAUGUUUACAAAGCUAAAAUGUCUUGAGUCUAAGUAUUCAACCCUUUUGUUAUAAGCAAGCCUAAAUAAGUUCAGGAGUAAAAAGUUGCAGGGACUCACUCUGUGUGCAAUAAUAGUGUUUAACAUGAUUUUUAAGUGACUACUGCAUCUCUGUACCCAACACAUACAAUUAUCUGUAAGGAACCUCAGUCGCACAGUGAAUUUUAAGCACAGAUUCAAGCACAAAGACCAGGGAGGUUUUACAAAGGUUCGCAAAGAACCUAUUGGUAGAAAAAAACAAAAGAUACAAGAGUCCUUUUUAACUCCGUUGCCGGUGAGGAAGGAAACCACUCAGGGAUUUCACCAUGAGGCAGGCCAAUGGUGACAUUAAAACAGUUACAGAGUUUAAUGGCUGUGAUAGGAAAUGACUGAGGAUGGGUUAACAACAUUGUAGUUACUCCACAAUACUAACAUAAAUGACAGAGUGAAAAGAAGGAAGCCUGUCCAGAAUUUAAAAAAAUAUUGUUUGCAAUAAGGCACUAAAGUAAUACUGCAAAAAAAUUGGCAAAGAAAUUAACUUUUUGUCUUGAAUACAAAAUGUUAUGUUUGGGGUAAAUCCAACACAUCACUGAGUACCACUCUUCAUAUUUUCAUGCAUGGUGGUGGCUGUAUCAUGUUAUGGGUAUACUUGUCAUCAGCAAGGACUAGGGAGUUUUAGGAUAAAAAGAAACAGACUACAGCUAAGCACAGGCAAAAUCCUAGAGGAAAACAUGGUUCAGUCUGCUUUCCAACAGACACUGGGAGACAAAUUCAGCAGGACAAUUACCUAAAGCACAAGGCAAAAUAUGCACUGUAGUUGCUUAACAAGAUGACAUUGGGUGGGGGAUUGGGGUUGAAUACUUAUCUAAUCACAAUAUAUUAGUGUUUUGUUUUACAUGAAUUCACAAAAAGUAGCAAAUCUCUUUCAUUUUGACAUAACAGUGAAUUUUGUGUAGAUCGUUGACAAAAAAGGACAAAUCCAUUUUAAUCCCACUUUGUAACGCAACAAAAUGUGGAAAAAGUCAAGGGGUGUGUAUACUUUCUGAAGGAGGUGUAUGUAUUCAUGUGUGUGUCAUGUGUGAUUGACAGGUUUAAGAAGUACAAGCAGGCCGGCAGCCAUUCCAACUCCUUCAGGCUGACUAACGGUAGAUCAGAUGAUACAGGUAACCGUGUGUGUGUGUGUGUAUACGCAUGUGUGUGUGAACACGCAUGUUUUGUCUGUGGUCGUACAUUUUUUUUAUUUAUUUAACUUUUAUUUAACUAGACAAGUCAGUUAAGAAUUCUUAUUUACAAUGACGGCCUACCCCGGCCAAACCCGGACGACGCUGAGCCAAUUGUGCGCCGCCCUAUGGGACUCCCAAUCACGGCCGGAUUGAGAUACAGCCUGGAAUUGAACCAGGGCCUAUAGUGACGCCUCUAGCACUGAGAUGCAGUGCCUUAGACCCACUUGGGAGCCAUUUUCCGGGACUUUCUCCAUUGUUCUGUGUUGAGAUAAAAUCACAUUGGUUUUGUGAUCAUUUACGGGUAAUGUUGUCAUAUUCACUGAUUCUUGGCCUAUGCAGUUGUUCCAUAUGAUGAAUUGUGGCUCAUUAGCAGUGUUGGAUUGGUUUAUGGCGCCCCCUUGUGGGCUUUUAUUAACAAACACAGUCAGUUUGGCGAAGUUGCAUGUGUAGAUUAGAAUCUAAUGUUUAAUGUAUAACAUAUUUAACAUAAUAUAGCGUAUUUUCUAUAGUUCAUUAAUUUAGUUUAUAAUCAUUGGUUGGUGAAUCUGUCACUCUGGCUGUUACAACAUAACGUUUUGUAAUUGUUUAUUACUGUAACAAUUGUUUAUGUAUACUUUGUGUAUAUGUGUAUCUAUCUAUAUCUAUAUAAAAAUCAUUGUUUUCAUACAAUUUAUUGUUGUCAGUGUCUCAACAAUAAGGUUUUCUCUCUCUCUCUCCCCUCCCCUCCAUCCCCUGUGGGCCUCAAUCACCACAUAUCUUUCCCAUCCCAUUACUUCCCUCCCUUCCUGCUUUUCCAGAGCUCCAGAGUGUGCCGCUAUUGGCCCGCUCGCCCAGUACCAACAGGAAGUACCCGCCCCUUGUUGUCGACAAGCUGGAGGAGGAGAUGAAUCGUCGCAUGGCUGACGACAACAAGCUCUUCCGGGAGGAGUUCAACGUAUGGAGUCCGCGCACACACACAAAUAUCGAUCUAUAUACACACACAUACUGUACACACACACACACAAUUAUAUACCCUGAGUAUACCAAACAUUAGGAACACCUUCUUUUUUGCCCUCAACAGCCUCAAUUCGUCAGGGCAUGGACUCUACAAGGUGUCGAAAGCGUUCCACAGGGAUGCUGGCCAUGUUGACUCGAAUGCUUCCCACAGUUGUGUCAAGUUGGCUGGAUGUCCUUUGGGUGGUGGACCAUUCUUGAUACACACAGGAAGCUGUUGAGCAUGAAAAACCCAGCAGCGUUGCAGUUCUUGACACACUCAAACCGGUGCGCCUGGCACCUACUACCAUACCCCGUUCAAAGGCACUUAAAUCUUUUGUCUUGCCCAUUCACAUGUACUUACAUACAUAUACACACACCUUACACACAUUUCAGUCAUCUAUGGCCCUGUCAGGACAAUGGGCGGGUAGUAGUUGCAACUAGAAUGCUCUGUGUGUGAUUCUAGCUUCUGAUUGGCGUGAUACUCCCCUACACAGAGCCUAUUAGCUGUGUGCCAAUACUUCCUCAUUCCAUUUCCCUUAGCUUCCUUUCCUUAUUAGCUUUUUCCUCGUUUCCACCAAGGGUGGAAUUGGAUAGAAGAAUAUCACUCUAGGGACACACCAAUAGGAACAUGCAUCACUCAGCUAAGAUAAAUGUUACCCGUCUGUGUGUCCAGGCGCUGCCGGUGUGUCCCAUCCAGGCGGCAUGCGACGCGGCCUCUAAGGAGGAGAACAAGGAGAAGAACCGAUACGUCAACAUCCUGCCAUGUGAGUCCCCAACGCAGAGCUAAACCCUGAUUCUGUUUCGAAAUACCUAACAUGGCAUAGAACUGCUUCUUACCUUAUCGUAGUCCAAAAAACAUCAGUUGGAAAGACGUUGUCAAUGUUGCGAACAAGAACAAAUCGUAAUUCAGGAAGUUGUCCACAACAACAGCUAGACUGGCUAGUUUCUGUAAAAGUGCUAAUUAGCAGCAUUAAGUGGAGUUCUACAAAGUAUGUUUUACACUCGUGGAUUUCUAUUCCUUUGCUACUAUCGGUAUGUAUUUGACAUUUGGCGCUAGAUGUAAAUGUUAAUGUUACAUGUAGCUCCUUUAAAACACAGGCUUGCUAUUCAAUCUAAUCAAGGUUCUGUUUUUGUGUUUCAGAUGAUCACUCCAGGGUGCAUCUGUCGUCUCUAGAGGGAGUUCCAGACUCUGAUUUCAUCAAUGCGUCCUUCAUCAACGUGAGUGACACCACAAGCCAUGGACAUCAAUGACAAGCUGUGUUUUAUUUAUUUUAAUUUUUUUGCUAACCCUUGGCAAGUGCUCCCUUGUCAGAGGUCUUUUGACCUCAAUGGGACUCCCUGGAUAAAUAAAGGUUAGGUAGAACGCAUGUCCAACUCUCAAUGCGCAUGAGGUUGAAACAACAUCAAUACAUCAGAAAGUAGAGAAAUAUGGACGAUACAUCAGAACAUUACCUAACAAUGCAAGACACGGUCAUUAAACGGAUUCAGCGUUCAAACAAAACUUUUUUUCUCACCCUCUUCCUUUUCUGUCUUCCUCUUGUUCACAGGGGUACCAAGAGAAGAACAAGUUCAUUGCAGCUCAAGGUAAGGAGGCUAUUCUAGCCGCUGGGAUUGGCUUAUGUCAUGCAUCCCAAAUGGCACCCUAUCCCAUAUUUAGUGCACUACGUAGCCCUGGUUUCCAACGUGCCCCAUCUCUCGGUUCCAUUCAAUCCGAUGAGCUUUGUUGGCAUCGUAAUAUGACAUCAUAAUACAUUGCCAAAGCAAGCAUACAGGAUUGUAUUUAAUCAAUGAUGAUAAUAUCCAGUGGAUGAUAAUAUCUCUUCUGUCUCUCUCAGGGCCAAAGGAGGAGACUGUGAACGACUUCUGGAGAAUGAUCUGGGAACAGAACACAGCCACCAUCGUCAUGGUGACCAACCUGAAGGAGAGAAAAGAGGUAGGGGAGGAGGAGAAAGAGGGGGAGGGGUGAGAACUGGGAUGUGUUCAGGAAGGUGAAACGUUCAGAAUGUGUUGCAGAUAGAAAUGUCAUAAGAGCUAACACGGCUGCCUAUUUAACAGUUAAAGGCAUUUAUAAUAUAUGUUCUACGAAAUACAUUUCUAUCUGAACCGUUCUGUAACAUUAGACACUCCUGAAAAGACCCCUGCUAAGUCUUUUGUAGUAGAUGCUAUAUGAAGAUGAUGGGGUAUGUUCAGCAUGUCAAAUUUCCAACGGGAAUGUAUGAGUGUACGACUAUGAGUGUUUGUUUCUUUUCAUUUGAAAGAAAUCCAUACAGCGGCAAUCUCUCUGUGUGUCUCAGUGUAAGUGUGCCCAGUACUGGCCGGACCAGGGCUGCUGGACCUACGGCAACAUCCGGGUCUCUGUGGAGGACAUGAUGGUGCUGGUGGACUACACCAUCCGCAAGUUCUGCAUCCAACAGGUAACCCUGGCGUUCCCUUCUCUUUUCCUCUCUCCUCUUUUCCUCUCUCCUCUUUUCCUCUCUCCUUCUCUCUCCUCCCUCCUCCUCGUUUGUCCUCUGUUCUCCUGCCUACAGACGCCAAGCAUUCUCAAAUGAACAACACUCGUAGCAGGUCUCUCUAUGUUUGGUACACUGAUGGCAACGUUUGUGAGACUGUGAGAGAGAAAAAGUGAAGGUGAAAAUAGCAUUAAGCUGAUACUCCAAAACAGUCCGACUAAUGGUGUCUCUGUCUCUACCGUUCCCCCUCCUUCUCUACAUCCCUCUCCCCCCUCCCGCUCUCUCUAGGUGGGGGAUGUGGGGGGUAAGAAGCCCCAGCGGCUGGUGACCCAGUUCCACUUCACCAGCUGGCCAGACUUUGGCGUUCCCUUCACACCCAUCGGCAUGCUUAAGUUCCUCAAGAAGGUGAAGACCUGCAACCCCCAGUACGCCGGCCCCAUCGUGGUCCACUGCAGGUCAGUGUGUGUGCGCGUGUGUUAUUGGUGGCAGCGGAGGUAGUUCGCUGAUGCCUAGAUGCCAAGCUAAUCCCUAGUCUUAAGCUUGGUGGGCUAACACAACCCAUGUUCAGGCACACACUACAAACUAUCUUUCUGUGCGUGUUAGAUUCUGACUCACGCUCUCUCUCUCUUUCUACCUCUGUGUGUGUGUCGGACUGUGUGUCGGACUGUGUGUCGGUCUGUGUGUCGGUCUGUGUGUCGGACUGUGUGUCGGACUGUGUGUCGGACUGUGUGUCGGACUGUGUGUCGGACUGUGUGUCGGUCUGUGUGUCGGACUGUGUGUCGGGACUGUGUGUCGGGACUGUGUGUCGGGACUGUGUGUCGGGACUGUGUGUCGGGACUGUGUGUCGGGACUGUGUGUCGGGACUGUGUGUCGGGACUGUGUGUCGGGACUGUGUGUCGGACUGUGUGUCGGACUGUGUGUCGGACUGUGUGUCGGGACUGUGUGUCGGUCUGUCGUCGGUCUGUGUGUCGGUCUGUGUGUCGGUCUGUGUGUCGGACUGUGUGUCGGACUGUGUGUCGGACUGUGUUUCAGUGCGGGAGUGGGGAGGACAGGGACCUUCAUAGUGAUAGACGCCAUGUUGGAUAUGAUGAACACCGAGAGAAAGGUGGACGUCUUUGGCUUCGUCACGCGCAUCAGAGCCCAGCGCUGCCAAAUGGUCCAGACAGACGUAAGUUGUACUGACCGCAAUAAGAACUAACCACAACAUUACUCAGACUGCAAUAAGACCACAACAUUAUCCUGACUUGAAUAAGACCACACACUCACAGCAUUAUAAUGUAUGAAUUAUAUAAACCAGUUUCCACUCAAGUCUCAAAUUGGGAGCUUUAAGUGUGUGUGGGUAUUACCCGUUCAUGUUGUGUUCUCUUCUGACACCACUUGUGGAUGUGUAAUAUGAGCAUCGCAAGUAUACUAAAAGUCUAAUGAUUUCUCUCUCUCUCCUCUCUCGCCCUCCUUCCCCCUCCCUCUCCCCACAGAUGCAGUACGUGUUCAUCUUCCAGGCUAUGCUGGAGCACUACCUGUACGGAGACACAGAGCUGGAGGUGACUUCCCUGGAGUCCCACCUGGCCAAGCUCUACGCCCCCGCCGCCGCCGCCGGCUGUGGGGGCAUGGAAGCCGAGUUCAAGGUGAUUUAGUUUGCCUGGUGUAAUGGAAUAGUCUCAAAAGUCCAAGCUAAAUCAAUCAAUUUGACCAUAGCACGUCUAUUUGACUCAAACGGAAGAAAAUUGAUUGAAACCGGAAGGGACUACCCGAACAUGUCCAAUAAGAAAUUGUCGUUUUUGUUUGCUGUUGCAAAAUGUUUUGCUACGGUGUGCACUUAUGAAUAUGAUUCAGGUUUAAACCGUUGCAGUAGCAGUUGACUUGAGAGCAUUUUUUCCCUUGAGUAAUUUUUUCCAAGUCUCUUAGAGCUAAGCCUGUGGUUUUGUCUCCCCACACAGAAGCUGACCUCCAUCAAGAUCCAGAACGACAAGAUGAGGACUGGCAACCUGCCGGCUAACAUGAAGAAGAACCGAGUUCUCCAGAUCAUCCCAUGUGAGUGACGGCUUCUACUGUUCCAGUAACCUCGACUGAGACCUGAAGACUUGUGUUAGCUCCCCGAGCUAAUGCCUAGGCUUUAGCGUAGCAGAUUAUCGCAAUCUAAUGUUAAAAAAAAGUCCGACCACAGAACUCUGUGUAAUGUAACCUGUUUGUGGGUGUCUCGUAGAUGAGUUCAACAGAGUGAUCAUCCCAGUCAAGAGAGGGGAGGAGAGCACAGACUAUGUCAACGCCUCCUUCAUUGACGUGAGUAGACAGUCACACUGCGUUACGGGUCUUGAGGGUUUUUUAAAUUAGACAAAUGGACAGAACUUUAGCACCAAUACAAGUAAGUAUUCACAUGUAGGUUGAAUUUAAGGAGAAGCCUGUCUUGAAGUGAUAGUGGAGGUAGAGACCCUUGGCGAGAGUCUGGGAAGGUUACGCAACUCAUCAGAUGAGCCAGAUACAGGCUGAAAUGGCUCCUACAAUGGUUGUUGUGGAGGUGUGUGUGUGUGUGUAUGGUUUCAUGUGCCUAAGCUGACCUGUGUGUCUCUGUAUGUGUGUCUGGUCCAGGGCUACCGUCAGAAGGACUCAUACAUGGCCAGCCAGGGCCCGCUGCAGCACACCAUCGAAGACUUCUGGAGGAUGAUCUGGGAGUGGAGGAGCUGCUCCAUAGUCAUGCUCACUGAGCUGGAGGAGAGAGGACAG